GGCAAAGAGAAUAGGAAAACGUUCAUCCCAGGGCUCGAGCGCUUACCGCUGGACGAAUCGUCACCGAGAGGGGAGGAGUCCAUCCUGCAGCAGCCUUAAAAGCAGCCUAAUCACGGAGAAAUUAAAACACACCCAAAAGAUAGAAACGCGCAACGACUCAAAGUGAAGGUCACACACUUGUUUUUUCCCUGCGAGGGACUACUAGGGGCUCAGGACCUGCUGUUUUCUUCUGUUAUUUGGUCUUGGUUAACGGUCUUUGUAGCUGUUGACACAUAGCCUACAGACACACCUACAGCCCACUCGGCGAAUUUCACUCUCUAUACGGGCAUUUUUUCCCCCGCAUUUCAAAGGACGGUAAACAACGGAGACACCGCUGGAGAAAAUGCAGCUAUCAAUUAACGGCGUACUCUGCACUCUGACGGUGCUGCUUCUGUGGCAGGCGGAGGAGCUCGUUGAAGGGUGCAGCUGUGCCCCCGUGCACCCACAACAGGCGUUCUGCAACGCGGACGUAGUGAUCCGAGCAAAGGUGGUGGGGGAGAAGGAGGUAGAUGCUGGGAAUGAUAUCUAUGGUAACCCCAUCACCAGGAUACAGUAUGAUGUCAAACAGCUCAAGAUGUAUAAGGGUCCUGACCAGGACAUUGAGGAGAUCUUCACUGCUCCGGUCUCCGCUGUGUGUGGCGUUACCUUCGAUACCAGUGGCAAGAAGGAGUACCUGAUCUCAGGCAAGGUGGAGGCAGGUGGGAAGAUGCAUGUGACCCUGUGUGACUACAUCACUCCCUGGGAGUCCAUGAGCCCCACUCAGAAGACGAGUCUGACUCAGCGCUAUCAGAUGGGCUGUGACUGCAAGAUUGUGCGCUGCCCCUCCCUGCCCUGUGCCAUCUCUGCUCCAGAGGAGUGUCUGUGGACAGACCUGAUGAUGGAGAAGCAGGUGCACGGUCGCCAAGCCAACCACUAUGCCUGCGUUAAGAGGGCCGACGGCUCCUGUUCCUGGUACCGCGGUAAUGCUCCGCCCAAGAAAGAGUUCAUGGACAUCGAGGACCCCUAGUCACUUCCUGCCACCACCCCCUUCCAGCUGCCCACUGCAAAGCCUGAUUUAAGAAAAAUAAAUCUAAACAAUUGAGUGAAAUAUUAGGAGAAAAUAAGUUCUGUGUGAAAGGGCAAGAUGAAUAUGAUACAAAUAAAAUAUAACGAGGCAAAGCUGAUUGAUUUGCGUGAAAUUGUUUACUGGUUCAAAAACACCUUGCUACUUCUCCCUUCUGUCUGCAGAUCUAAAGGGACCUGAUGUAUUCAUAGUAUGGUGAUGGCAUUCACAGGAGGUUGGUGGCACCAUAAUUGGGGAGGACUGGCUCGUUGUAAUGGCUGGAACGGAAUAAAUGAUACCAUUUCAUUGACUCCCUUCCAGACAUGAGCUGUCCUCCCCUCUGCAUCCUCCUGGGAAAUCGAUCCACAUAGCUCCCUGAAUGUUCAUUUUGUCAAAUUGCUUACACAUACUUGGUUCCUUCAGGUCAACAAACAGAAGGGUUAGAGGCUAGGGGAAGGAGCUAGACUGUCUCAGGGUGUUUGUAGCGAUUUAGGGUUAUGAGACUGGUCGAGUGAUUUUCACAUCCCCCUGAGGCUGGCGUCAGGAGGACUGAUUCUUUAAACUAUGGGUGUCUCAAAUGGCACCCUAUUCCCUAUAGUGCACAACUUUUUUUUUUAUACCAGUGCCCAAGUAGUGCACUUUAUAGGGAAUAGGAUGCCAUUUUGGACAGAACACUUAAAGAGAAAGGUGCACUUGAUUUAACUCCUUUUGUGCACCUUCUGGGCAGAGAACUCACCUUUUGACCUACUGUAUGGAAUGGUUGCAAAAGGGAGAACUUUGCUUAACUGUCGGGCCUGGGGGGGGAUCUAAAUCAAGUGCAACUCUGCCCCUGAACUCCUACCUCUCUCUAACUACCCAGGUUAGAACAACCCCAUAUCUAUUCAAUGAUGGCUAGACAAUGUUUCCUCAUUCUGUUUGAUUCAAGUCCUAAUACAAGUUGCCUUUUUGUGUUUUUUCUUUAGUUAAAUGCUAUUUGAUGUUGCUUCUCAUGCCCAUGUUAUCACAAUCAGAUUGAUGGUGAGGCGGGACUUCCCAGAUUAUUCUAAUCGACAUUUGGAAAGAAAGUAGUUUAGUUUUUAUAAGUGUUUGUGUUCGUUUUGUCUGAACUCUAAGCAUCCCAGAUAGAUCUGUGAAUAACAUUUAAAACAACCUUCUAGAAUGCGUGUCUCACCAGCCCAGUUGAUGGUAUCACAUUUUACCCCUCCCCUUCCCCACACUCCAUAACCCUCACCCCUAUGCCGCCCUCCCCUCGACGGUCCUUCUAGACUCAACACCCCCCUCUGUCUCCACCCACUACCCCUUCUCUCUCGAUAGCUAUACAGCAGUGGAGGCUGGUGGUAGACGCUAUAGGCUCAUUGUAAUGGCUGGACUGGAAUGAAUGGAACUGAGUUAAAUGUGGUUUCCAUAUGUUUGUAAUGACUGGAAUGGAGUCAAUGAGCCUUUUCUCCUAUAGCUGCUCUCACCAGCCUCCACUGCUGUAUGGUACCUAUGCCUCAUUGGAGGCUGGUGGGAGGAGUUACGCAUAUACUUUUGUAUUUUUAUAAUUAUUUCUGUCAGAACUAAAUUUUAUACUUUUUGAAGAGGAAUUCCAGUAGAGGUAUAACUGAUUCUCUAGUGAUCUUAAUAUAGUACCCCAGACAGGAAGAUGUGUAUCACAAAUGGCUCCCUAUUCCAUUAUAUAGUGCACUAUAUGGGCCUAGGUCAAAAGUAGCACACUACAAAGGAAAUAGGGUGCCUUACGGGACACACCCGCGUUCCAGGCAGUCUUAACUGCAGUCCGGUGCGCUGUGCAAAUGUUCAGAUCUUACAUUGCGGCAGGUAGCCUAGUGGUUAGAGCGUUGGACUAGUAACCGAAAGGUUGCAAGAUCAAAUCCCCAAUGCCUGGAGAAGUGUGUAACUUCUCAGGAAACCACGUCAAUAGGAUCUAGUGUCUUAGAUAGGCACAUACUCCUAACAUCUCAAAAUAAUGCUAUAUAUUAAUUUGGAUUUAAAGUAUCAGAAGCCUUAAUUUAAGAGUGGGCUGUUUUCCAUUUUGAUUACAUUUUACAUAUAGAUUGUUUCUCCCUAUCAAGUCUCUUAAAAUAUAUAUGAUGAAGUGGUGUAUGUCUUUCGCUGGGAGCACGUGAGAAUCUCACUCCUAGCCACCUACUUGCAAGGAAGGCACUUGCAUAGAUCUAAAUAAGCUUGGCUAGAUAUAAACAUAGGCAAUGCCUUGGUAAUACCAUAUUUCUUCUACCUUAUCCAAUGCUUUCUGAUGUACACAUGGUAUGGAGGGGGAGAUUGAGUGAGAUAAAGGGGUUGAGUUUGAAUACAUCCAGACUAUGCAUGUUUAAUCCUUUGUGGACCUUCAGUUGAUUGACAAAAAUAUACAACAGUAUUAUCAAAUAAAACCAAACCUUUUGAAAUAA